UACAUUUGAUGACGCACAUCACGCAAAUGAGUAAACCUCCACCGUUUUAUUAGUUUUUUCGGAUUUCACCAAAUCGUGCUGCUGUCAGAUUCAAUGCAUCAUGACAAUAUCAAGCCAUUUCACUUGAUACAUACUCAAGGAGAAGUCCUGUUGUAGGCCCUGUUGGCAAGAGGAUGAACUCAAUGGCGCUUGGCACGGUGAGGAGCGAAUGGGAUACGGUAAAUGUGGUGGUCAGUCGGAACCCUUUUAAUGACAACGCGACGAUCACAGAGUUGGGCUGCUCAGGGGCGAAGGAGGGCCAGAAACAGACUAAAAGCACAGUGACAGACAUGGAUGAGGAGGGAAAGGAAUAUAACAAUUCGUGUACGGCAGAAAGCGUUAUUGGAGAGCAAGACGUUUCAAAGGCAAUGCCUGUCAAUUGCCCACAAUAUUUCAAUAAUUCAUCGACCGGUGUUCUUUCUCAGAUCGCAAUACAGCCAGGACCAGUCGAAGUGAAGCAAGGACAUAACGUCAGUCUGUGGUGUCGACUGAAAAAUGGCACUGAUAAAGAUAUACCAGUAAACUGGCAUUCGCCACCACAUUUCAAAACAAUAACGACCAAUUGUGAGUCUUAUGCAAAGGAUAAAUACAAAAUGUCAUGUUCAGAUACUGAGGACAGUCUUAGAUUUCAUAAUUUGUCAAUCAUGGAUGCCCAAUGGGCCGAUAAAGGAGAAUAUCGAUGUCUACGUGCCAACGUCAUGGACAUUGUGGAUUUACAUGUUUUGGUUCCGGUAACAGAAGUGAGACUAAAAGAAAUCGUCGAGAUGACAGUUGAUGCGCCACAGCACUUGCAAAAGAAACUGACCUGCACAACAAAUUGUGCAUAUCCGGCUCCCAAUAUUUCAUGGUUUGUAAAUGAUAAACCGUUUAAUGGCACCGCGACGGUCACAGAAAUGGGCUGCGAAGGCGCGAAGGAGGGUCAGUACCGGACUGAAAGUACAGUGACACCCAUGGAGGAGGAUGACAAGGAAUAUAACAUUUCGUGCACGGCAGAAAACGUUAAUGGAGAGCCAAACGUUUCAAAAACAAUGCCCGUCAAUUGCCCACAAUGUUUCAAUGAUGUAACCCCCAGUCCACAUCAGUCUUUAAUUACUCAUACAGCCGUGAUAGGCAUGAUAGUGGCAAUAUGUGCUUUGUUUGUCAUAGCACUGACAAUCGGCAUAGUAUUCAUCAGGAAAAAAUAUCAGGACAGAUGUCUUGCACAGGCCGAAUGUGAGCCGAGAUUUGUUUGUUUCCUUUCUCGGUGCGCCGACUACUACGACUACUCGGACUACUCGGACUACUCAAAAUUCACUAGACAAAGGAACAGAUCGCAGUGAUGACAGUGAUGUCGCCCGGAAAUGAUAAUUCUUGAAUGAAGGGAAUAAAUUCAUGAUUCUGAUAUAUUUGUUAGAUAAAUCAGAUAAAUCAUUGUAUGUUUUGUGCAACUUUGUGAAAUACUAAUUGAAAUUAGGAAGUUUUAAAAAGUGUUUAUUUCACAAUAGUUAUCCUAUUGAAUGUAUACAACAAACCAAGGAUGCAGCAUGUAGGAUCCUUCUAAUAUCCAAGUGAUACAUUAUUGUCCCUUAAGUUUUCAUAGAAAAUAUCAGACGAUGGAUGAAUUGAUCAAUGAUAGUUCUAUCCUAAUAUUAAUUUGUCAAUCAUAUAUCCAAUAACUUCACAUUUGUCUCGAAAUCCUAACUCCGGGCAAUUCGUGCCAAGUCCAGAUUCGGAGUCAAUGCAAUCAACCCGAUUAAGGUUCAAAUAUGAAGACUGACAAUUGCCGACUUUGACGUGUAAUAAUAAACUAUUA